AUGGUCAAGGAGCCUCCUAUACCCCGCUCGCCCUUGCCAGGUGCCAAGCGAUUCCGUCCUCCCAACAUUGAUCUCACUCGUGCGAGUGAGAAGCGGGGCCCCACAGUCCAACUCGAAUCAGAAACGCUCGCAUCUCCCCUCAACCUUCAGCUUUCUGACAAUGAAUUGGAUGAUAUCCUACAGCUUUCUUCGCCAGAGUCAUCUCCGUCUUUAUCUCCUGUAUCAGCCGCCGUUCCGUCUCUAAAUAUACCAACGGGAGAAGACGCCGUCCCAGACGACCUCUCAAAGGAUCUGGCUGUGCUUGAACGACUCCGCAAAAGUGUUCAGCAAAACUUACGGCUUCGUCCUAUACGCUCUCGCAGCAAUCUUAAAGUCGACCUCAGUGUUGAAUUCUCUCCUCCCAAAACCCCAAGAUCCCCCUUCCCGCCGAGCGCCACAUCUCCUUCACGGAAAGAAUCUGACCCUCUGAGCGCAAUUAGCCCUACGUCCAGCGUAUCUUCGUCAUAUUUCACCCCCAUCGCUGAAACACCACGUAGCAGCCUAUUUGCAGGGUCAAGCCAUGCAGAACGCUUCACCACCAUACCAAUCCCGCAAUUACCACAUCCCCCCAGUUCCAUCAGCCCCAAGAUUCUAUAUGAUCGCAUGGUGUCCCCAAAACGUCCUUUGUUGAUCGAUACUCGCACUUUGGUCUCUCAUCAAGAAUUUCAUGUGCAACAUAGCAUUAAUAUCGCCAUCCCCUCUCUUAUUCUAAAGCGCUGUCGGAAACCUGGAGGCGGAUUCCAAACCCUUGACGCGUUGCGUCAGUUUAUCACCUCUGAUCAGGGGAAAGCAGAGUGGGAUAAUUACAUGCGUCCAGGAGGCGCCUGGGAUGGGGAUGUGGUGGUAUACGAUGACGAAAUGAGUCUGAAGGACAAGGACAACGCUAGUAUGACUGCAUGGGCCGUAAUUCAUGUUAUAUCCCCGCUGCUCAGCUACGGCAGUGUUCAUUAUCUGGAUGGUGGCAUCUCCAUCGCAGGACAUCACCCCUAUCUCGAAAGGUUGAUCGUAACCGAAGGGGAAUCGCAUGUCGCAGAGAAACCAACGCCCCAAGGAGCUCUCCAGAAAGGUCCAAAAAAGGGUGCAGGAUUGUUUCAGUUGGACACCCAGACUGCCUUCAGGUCAAAGCAAUUGCCAGAAUUAGAGCCUUCAUCUUCUACAGCUUCCAACCCACCAUCUCCCCUCCCGCGAUCACCUAUGCCUAUGAUGCCCUCUGUGUCAUCAUCCCGAACUUUAUCUUCAGCGGAUCCGGACCAGAUCAACAUUGUAGAUGCGACACCUUCACCUACGCCGUCGUCUGUUGGAUUCAGGCGACCCCUACCACCCCGUCGGCCCAGCGUCCCAAAUCUUCGUCGCAUAGAAACGAAGUCCACUGAGCGACUUAAUGGAAACCCUCCAAAGUUAUCUAUACCCACUUCCCCAUCCCAUCUGAAUCUUCUCUACUCAACUCAUUCUCCACCAGCAUCCGCUCGAUGGACACCAACGUCACCCUCUAUAAAUGAUCCAGCCAAUUACCUCACACCUUACUUCACCCCUCCACAUACGCCUGCCACCCCAAAACCCUUCUUACCGCCAUCACCACACACCGCCCGACUCGAGCUCGAUCCUCCAACUACCGACGAUUCUUUCCCCGUAUUCACGAUCUCGACCAUUCUUCCCAAUUUCCUGUACCUUGGUCCGGAGUUGACAACACAGGAACAUGUUGGAGAACUGCAAGAGCUCGGCGUCCGCCGAAUAUUAAACAUUGCCGCUGAAUGCGACGAUGACCAGGGGCUCCGAUUGAGAGAGGUUUUUGAAAAGUACUUCAAGAUACCAAUGAGGGACACAGUCGAAGAAGAGAACAUUGCACAGGGUGUGAAAGAAGUCUGUGAGAUUCUUGAUGACGCCCGGCUACACUCGGCACCCACCUACGUCCACUGUAAAGCUGGAAAAUCUCGCUCAGUCACAGCUGUCAUGGCCUACCUCAUCCACGCAAACCACUGGACACUCUCACGUGCUUAUUCAUUCGUGCUCGAAAGACGGAAAGGAAUCUCUCCCAAUAUUGGGUUCGUCUCGGAGCUUAUGAGCUUUGAGGAACAAGAGCUGGGAGGAAAGUCUGUCGGGGUACAACCUUCAGCUCCAGGUGGUGGCUCUUCGACUCAAGAUAAUGGUGUGCCAGAUAACUAUGGUGCUGCGGUGGGUCGACGCAGCGGCCACGUACGCGAAAGUUUACCGCCAGCCCUUGGCGGCCUUGAUUCUCUUGGGGUAAACGGUGGCCCCAUGUCCGCAGGAGGUCUGAUGGACAGAGUCAUGGGUGAUUCUGGCCAAGAGAUGGAGAUCAAAGACUCUUCUGGCAGGUAUCGCCAUGCUAGAAGGGCCCCUGUGGACGAGAAUACUUUGCAGCCCAUGAGAAGGGUGAGCAAAGCUGGACUGGAGAGCUCGUUCUAUGGAUGAUGUAACUGUGCUCUUCUUUCUCGUGCUUUGAUUUAUUCUUUGAGAGCUUAUUAUCCUGUCAGUACCAUCGCGUCUCCUUCCCAUUCCCUUAACAAUUUUACAUCGUUUUUCUUCGGAUACAUACACAUCAUACCCCUCCUUUCACGGCUACGAUUCUCUUUACCUUGGUCAUUGCAUGCACGCUUACUUUGUGCUCUAAAUUAUUCUCUCCUCCAUUUG